UCCGCGUCGCUGCACAUUUCGUAGUGGAUUGUGUUACGAAGAUGAAGUCACCAACGGCGAUGCUGUUUCUAUCGGCGUUUUUGCUUUUCGCUUUACGCAUACGAGGAAUCUUCACCCAGAGCAAUGAACAAACGUCACACGUUGUACUUCUCGGAUCAACUAGAUCCGAUGGGACGCGUGAGUUCCGCUGCGGUGGAUCAUACAUCGGCCGAAACGUGGUGCUUGCCGGGGCACAUUGUGUCACUGGAAAAAAUCAACCCACCCUUGACACUGUCCGUUUCGGCAGUGGCACAAACAAUGUGAUGCAUUUUCGGAUCGUCAACCACACGCUACACUAUCGCUACAAGCCACAGUUCGAAUAUCACAACAUGGCUGUCUACUAUCUGGAUGCGCAACCGGAUAGUGUCGGUGCAGGACGCUUCAAACCGGCUUGCAUUCUUAAGCCACAUAUGAAGCAGGGCAUUGUACAGAUGGUUGGCGACAGCUCUAAUGGGCGCGGAUUGUCACUCCAGUCGACCUCGCUGGAUGUGGUCGCGUCCGAAAAGUGUCACGAAUACUACAAUCCCAUACCGAAGCUUCGCUUUGGUGUAUUGCUCUGCUGUUUCUGUGCGAUGAACUCCGACACAACCGAAUGUUCUAAUAUGCACAGCUCUCCCCUACAGUUGGUAAUCAAUCGGAAUGGGAAAAGUGUACCCUUUCUCAUCGGUCACAAAUCGAUCGGGAAAGCUUGCGGUGUCAAAAGUCCAGCCGUCUUCACGCGCUACGGAUCGUACUACGAGUGGUUGGAAACCAUCACGAAUUUACCGUUGGAAGCAACUGAUUGCUUUAGCCGCUACUGAUAAAAGAGGAUCAAUUGUCACCCAAAAGCGACAAGCGACACAUGGUUAUGCGCAACAAUGCUGCCCUCAGCAAAAUAGGCCAUACACUCAAAACCAGUUUACAAAUUGGAUUUUUUUUCAAUGACAUUCGAGAAAAUCCCAGUAAAUAUUUGGGGGUUUUUCAACGUGCCGCGACAUAAUGGUUUUCUAGUAAAGACAAACAGGGUAUAGUUAAACAUAGAUGUAAAUGAUCCAUGUUACUGAUGAGUUUAUUUAACUUUUUACUAAUCAGCCAACUAUAUUCUGUAUAGUAAAAUCAUUUAAUAAAGUAUUGCUUCUGAUACUACGUUCA